GGUUGCUGCGCGUGUGAUGCGACUUUGUUGAGCGCUUGCGCACACGCUGUUGGCACCGCCGUUUCUGUAUAGUGUGAAGGAACCUAGACUGUGCGCAGAGUGUGAGCGCGGGUUUCUGUGAGUGGACAUGCUGUUGUGCAGUUUGGGGAGCUGUUGGGAUGAUUUGAGAGAACCCAUUUUCCGAUCCAGAAGGUUGAUCGUUUAAAUUGACCUGCUUUUCUUAGAAGUGUGCAACAAAGAGUAUGGAUCAAAACAACAGUUUGCCCCCUUUCCAGGGGCUGGCAUCACCCCAGGGAGCAAUGACUCCCGGAAUCCCAAUAUUCAGUCCAAUGAUGCCAUAUGGAACUGGCUUGACCCCACAGCCUGUACAAACCACCAACAGUUUAUCAAUUCUUGAAGAACAGCAGAGGCAGCAACAACAGCAGGCACAACAGUCUACAUCCCAGCAAGGCACUCAGGGGUCAGGCCAAACUCCACAACUGUUCCACUCACAGACUCUAACAACAGCGCCUCUCCCAGGCAACACCCCACUAUAUCCCUCACCAAUGACACCCAUGACUCCAAUUACCCCAGCCACGCCUGCCUCAGAAAGCUCUGGGAUUGUACCUCAGUUGCAAAACAUAGUGUCCACAGUGAAUCUUGGCUGCAAAUUGGACUUAAAAACAAUUGCACUUAGAGCUCGAAAUGCUGAGUACAAUCCUAAGCGUUUUGCUGCCGUUAUCAUGAGAAUAAGAGAGCCACGUACAACAGCACUUAUAUUUAGUUCGGGCAAAAUGGUUUGCACAGGAGCUAAAAGUGAAGAGCAGUCACGGUUAGCAGCCCGAAAGUAUGCUCGUGUUGUACAGAAGUUGGGGUUUCCUGCAAAGUUCUUAGAUUUUAAAAUUCAAAAUAUGGUUGGGAGCUGUGACGUUAAGUUCCCAAUCAGAUUAGAAGGAUUGGUCCUUACACAUCAACAGUUCAGCAGUUACGAGCCAGAGUUAUUUCCAGGUCUUAUCUACAGGAUGAUCAAACCAAGAAUCGUACUUCUGAUUUUUGUUUCUGGAAAGGUUGUAUUAACUGGUGCUAAAGUUCGAGCCGAGAUCUACGAAGCGUUUGAAAAUAUAUAUCCUAUCCUAAAAGGCUUUCGGAAGACUACAUAACAGCUGCUAUUACCAUUCUAACUUUGUAAAUGUGUUAUGUAAUAUAAAAGCUCUUUUUUUUUAAAAUUGGCAAGGUGCACCAUUAAAGAGAUGGACUCUUUUUACUUCUGGUGUUCCACGGACUUCAGUAUGUUCCUGUCCCAUUAAUCUUUCACACACCUUUUAUAAAUAUUUUUUUUUAAUUAUUAUAUGUAACUGCCAAAUGUUUGCUUAAGAUUUUAUGUGGAAGUCUUUUGACUUUUAAUUUAAUUUAAUUUUUUUUAAAUAUCCAGUUUUAUGAAAAUUGUUAGUUAAUAUAGUAUCUAUUUGAUUGUAAAUGAAAGGACAGUAGUUGGGCCAUGAUGUGUGAAUUGCAGCACCAAAGUAUUUCUCUAAACUGUUUGCUGGAAUCUUUACCCAUGAAGUAUAAAAUUUGGGAUCCGCAGAGGACCCAACCAUUGUAAAUAUGUUUCAGAUAAGUGUUCUAAAUUAUACUUAAUGGGUAUAUUGAUAUUUUUAAACUUUCAUGUUUUAGUAUAUUAUUAGGAAGUCCUCUAAUCCUCUUAAAUUUUAGUAUCAAACAGGUUCAGUUUGAAUGUGGUACAGACAUUUUUAAGACUUUUUUUUUUUUUUUCUGUUUAUUACCAUGGCCACUAAAAACCGUUACACUAGGUUUUGCUACUAAAGCCACCAUUGUAUAUUACUUGCUCCAACUCAAAUUUUAUUUUUAUUGUAAAGCUGUAACAUUUUUGUGCCAGAAACAUUCCUGAAUUUCAAUGUUCAGCUCGGCAAAAUAAAUGUUUUCGCUUUAUUUGAAA